UCUUUUAGCGCGUCCAGGUCAGAGGUUAUGAUAUUUAUUGAAUGUGACUGUGAGUACUCGUUCAACAAGAGUUCUGCGUGUUGCUUACUUGGCAGUUAACGCACUGGCCGUACAAACAUUCACUGCGCGCGGCACUACGAAAAUUUACUGCAUGUGCUGAUUGUGCUGUCAGUUUGUGCUGCAUUUAUGAUUUCGAAAAGCGAUAUACGCUACUUUAGUCAUGAGAUGGGUUUGGUAAACUGAAUAAUAACGAUAUUUAUCAGCUUCUACAUACCCCUUUUGUACGGUAAUCAUACAAGUGCAUAUUUGGACGAUAGGAAUAUAUAAAUGUACGAGGUAUAUUAGUUUUUUUAUCGCUUAGUUUAGGCUGGUACAGAUAGUGAUAUCAUAAUUUGGACAAAAAAUAGUGUUGUUAUUGUCUGAAGCUUUCUUGUUUAGAAAUAUUUCAGAGCUGAAAUGUAUCUGAAUCAGCUGUACAUAUGGACUAUUGCUCCUGGAUAACGCACACCGACAGCCAUAAUAUAAAUUUUUCGAAAAACCGUUUUCGGAAGUGAUUUUGCACACGGGAGAAAAUGGAUAGUAUAGCAGAACGUACCUCCGGUUCUUGGGGAAUUAUGCUAAACAGCAUGGAGCAUCAGAAUUUGGAGCUCGCCCGUUAUAAUAUGCAAAAACGCACGGCAGAGGAGAGAUAUGCAGAAGACAUUCCUCUGCACAACAGUUUCGGCAACAGAAGCAUAGUAUUAGAGGAUCCCCAAGAAAAGCAGAAUAAACUGAAAGCGUUGGAAGGCAAACUCAUUCAUCCUGAUAACUUUGAAGGAGCUAAAGACGCCUCUGCCUGCAUUGUUUCGUCGCUAGACGCGCAACGGUUAGAAAUGAUUAAGGAUAAGCAGGAUGUUGCUGAGGUACUGGCCGGGAUCACAUCAAAGACGAAGCAUAUCCUUAAGCAUCUUAAACCGGUUUACUUAGACCCCAUUGAGGAGCUGGUCAUUCUUACCGAAAGCGAGAGGGACUUUCAUCCGUUAUCCGCGAUGUUAGUGACCAGAGAGUUCCGGAUAACGUUGGUACCGACAUUCACGAAACAGAUUGUAAGCGGUCUGCGCAUGAUACACGAAUACGGUAUCGUGCAUAAGGAUAUCCGGUGCUCGAAUAUCCUUGUGCAAAGACACCAAACAGAAGGAACUACAAACUUCACACUGAAAAUGCCCACUUUGAAAAAGCUUCACGUUGUAAUCGGGAAUCAGGAUAUAAUAUAGCGAUCCCCGAAGGUUCGUCACAGUUUGCUUCACCGGAAAUGCAGCAGUUGGUGUUCGGUGCGGACAGUUCGACAAUUCCAGUGGACACAGCGACGGAUAUUUUCAGCCUCGGCUGCACCAUCAUUGAGAUGGUAGAACGCCGUCCACCGUGCUGGGUAUACGAGCAGGACGGCCAGAUGAUGCAGUAUAACUUCAGGGUAGAACGUACUUUAACGGAUUUCCUUGUUAAUCUGGGCACGUUACUGAGAUGUGAAGCCCAACCGGAUGCCAGUUUUCUGGAGCAAUUUCCCAGCGCCUCCGAUUUUGUUGCGGCAUGCCUAAUGCGAUUGCCGGCUGACAGACCGACAUGCAAACAACUAGAAAAUCAUACACUAAUUACGGGACUGCAAAUGUGAUUUACUGUACGCUACGGUCAGUAGAUUGAUUCCAUUGGAAACUGAACACGCCGCUUCCCGGAAGAAACCAAUCUGCAACAUAUUAAUUUUGAAAACACCGCACGCCACAUCGAUGCUUUACAAGCGACGGUAUCAUCUGGCACCUAAUCGUUGGCUGACAGUGACUGAAACUUUACGUCAGCAGAAUCUGAUAUGAAUUUAUCGUUUCAUUCUAAGAACGGGAAUGACUGGGAAUGACUUUUUUAGACUGCUGUAUUGAAUAUCUCUUGUUUAGCGCACACAGAUUCAUUCAUCGUCAGUAAACAAAGAGUUCUUAUUGUUAUUCUUAGCAGUUCCACUGUUAACUACAAACCCAUCAGGGGGUAGCUUAUGUUAAAAACAUGCAUAGUUAUUGAAAGCUGACCAUGGCUUUUUUAUCAUAAAUUUAUGGAUGUUUUUGUCGGGUUUACGUACGCGCGUCGGGUAUAUAGUCGACUGUUGUGAAACUGUUGUGAAAGCGCUGGUUUUCCUUGUGAGAUGGAACCGAACGGCUUGUCAUCAACCACCGCAAAGAGACCGGACGGGAUGACACUGAUACCAGUUAGACAAGGAAAACCGAUCGUUUGGGAUGUAACCAGCUGGUGUACGGUUGCUGACUCUCAUGUCACUGGAAGCUCCAAGAAAUGUGGCAGCGUAGCCCAGCUGGCUGAAAAUGCGAAACGUGGAAAGUAUUCGUUUUUGGAAUACGGAUACCUUUUCUACCCUCUAGUAAUGGAGACCCUUGGAGUAUUUGGUCCGGCUUUAAGUGAAUUUUUACAUUUUAUGGGUCGUAAAAUUCGGGAUUUGACAGGAGAAGCGCGUUCUACUGCUUUCCUUAAGCAGCGAUUCAGCCUUGCUGUUGUCAAAGGAAAUGCUACGGCUGUUUUGAGUACGUUACCUUUUAACCUGAGGGAGGACCGGGAAUUUGGUUGUUUAUUUAAUGUUUAAAUUCUGACGAUUAAGUAGGGUGUCAGCGCAUGCAUCUUUUGUUAUUUGGGUGGCUAUUGCCAAUAAAGUACUAUAGUCGA